AUGAUCAAAUUUGUACUUGUAUCAUUCACUAUUCUCUCAUUAUUUUUAUCCAUCACGAAUUGUCAACUUGAAAAUGAUCAAAUUACCGAUAUUUCUGCUCGAGAACCAUGGUUAAUUGAUGAUCAUUUUCCUUCUCCAUUCGACGAAUUUAUGAAUUCAAAACAAAAUAUUCAUUCAGACCCUUUCCAAGUGAUGGAUGAACUUGUAGAUUUAUCAAUCGAAGCUACUGAAGCAAUGUUAGAUUCUUUAGAUUUUAAUAAUCUUAAUGAUGAAAAUUCUUUCACUACCAUUGAAAUUACUAUCGUAGAGUCACCUGAUUUACCAGAAACGAAAACUGUAGCUGCUUUUGCGGCAAUCACUCCUGUUAUUCUUAGUAUGAUAAGAGGGAAGAAAGAAAAGAAAUAUGAAUAUUUUGUCGUUCAUGCAACCGAUGAUUAUCAAACUACAGAUUUAGAAAGUGCAAUGUGUGUAAAGAAGUAA